GGGGCAGGGCGGAGCCGCCCGGCCGGGGCAGGGACGUCGGGGCCGGCACGACUCGGCUCGGCUCGGCUCGGCAGGGCAGGGCAGGGCAGGGCAGGUACCGCUGCCGGCAGAGCGGAGCGGAGCGGCGCGGCCAUGGGGAAGGUGCAGCUCUUCGAGAUCCGCCUGGGCGAGAGCCGCGUCAUCUACAGCCCCGGCGAGCCGCUGGCCGGCACCGUCACCGUGCGGCUCUCGGGCUCGCUGCAGUACCGAGCCAUCAAGGUGAGCUGCGUUGGAUUCUGCGGGGUGUCCAACAAGAUCAACGACACCGCCUGGACCGUGGAGGAGCAGUACUUCAACACCACGCUGUCUCUGGCAGACAAAGGAGUCCUUUCAGCUGGGGAGCACAACUUUUCCUUCCAGUUCCUGCUGCCAGCCUCGGCUCCUACAUCAUUUGAAGGCCCUUUUGGCAAGGUCCUCCAUCAGGUGAAAGCUGUGAUAGACACGCCUCGCUUCUCCAAGGACUACAAGUGCAACAAGAUCUUCUAUGUCCUCUGCCCUCUCAACUUGAAUGACAUCCCUGAUAUUGAGCAGCCCAACACGAUGUCAGUCACCAAGAAGUUCAGCUACAAGCUUGUGAAAAGUGGCAAUGUUAUCCUGACCGCCACCUCAGAUCUGAAAGGGUACGUCGUGGGGCAGGUGAUCCAGCUCCGCACAGACAUAGAGAACAAAUCGGGCCGGGACACCGGGGCUGUGGUAGCCAGCCUGCUCCAGAAAGUGGCUUACAAAUCCAAGCGCUGGAUUUACGACCUGAGGACCAUCGCGGAGGUGGAAGGCUCAGGAGUGAAGGCCUGGAAACACGCGGAAUGGAAAGAGCAGAUCCUCGUCCCGGCACUGCCCCAGUCCAUUUUGCAGGGCUGUAGCCUCAUACACAUCGACUACUACAUCCAGGUUUCCCUCAAGUCACCAGAGGUUUCAGUCACCCUUCCCAUUUACAUUGGUAACAUCGCGGUGAACAGGGUCCCUCUGAGCCCCUCCCGAUCUGUGCAGCACCUACCAUCUGCAGUGGUACCCAGUGCCCCGCCGGAGGAGGAGGACGCUGCCAGCGGCUAUCACCCGAUGGACAAUGUCUUGAUCCCCACCAAAAGCCAUUCCCAGCAGCAGCCGUUCAGCUACGCCCCAGGACUGAGCUUCCAGGAAGCGGACUCUGAGCAGACGGGCUCCCCAAACCACCCCACGCUCUGCCUCUCGACGGGAGCCACCGUCCCUUACUACGCCGAGGGAAACGUGGUGCCCGUGCCCACUGCCAGCUCUCUCAUUUUGCCUCCAGAGUACAGCACGUGGGGCUACCCGUACGAGGCGCCUCCAUCCUACGAGCAGAGCUGCAGCAGUGCCAACUCCAGCAUCAGCAACGGCAACUAGCCUCCCCUGCUUCGCGUCCCGUUGGCGCGAUGGUUCACCUGCCUACUGCAAAGUCUGGUACAGCACAAGGCGUCUUUUUAUCUCUGUGGCUGCUUGGCAGGGUAAAUGGCACAUCCCAGCCUGGGCUUUUUGAGUCACUUUCUUGGGAGGGGGGAAAAAAAAAAAACAACAAACAAAGGGCAGCCAGAGCAGCCCGCGUGUGUGCGCGCGUUUGUGUAGGAGAAGUCUGAACCGUCUCCUGCUGCAUCAGGUGCUGGAGAAUUGGUUUUGCCCCAGGGAUGCCCUCUGCAGCAGCCUGUGUUUAAAGUACUGUAGUCAACACUAACUGCUUUACUAUCAAAGCACCUGCGAUGCCUUAUCUGAAAUGCUCCUGACUUGGCAUGUCUCUGCUGUAGGUUGAAGGCUGGGCUGUGUGAACUUUCUUUUGUGGGCCAUGUGCUCUCCAGAAACGCUUCAGACAGCCCUCCCUCCCUGUCCUCGUGGGUCUCAAGCGUAGCUGAAACAGGUUUCUUGGAGUAAGCAGGUUUGGAAGGCCAGGGACUCUUACAGAGCCAGAAGCACAAGCCCCCGCUGUACCGGUGUGGUGGGGUGAGUGACUGGCAGCCUUUGGUCCCCUGGCAGUGGGCUGGACCGCUGCCUGCUUGCGGUGAGUGGAGAACAGGCCCUGGCAGCGGGGAGCCUUUUCAGCAAGGAUAAUUUUUCAGAAGCCCUGCGGGAGACAGACCGUCCUUGCUUGCUGCGAGGACGACCAGUGCUAGUCAGGUCCCACGUCCCAUCUCCUGCUCCUGCAGGAUACCCUCUCCAUCCCUGCUGCUGCUGCCUUAGGCAGGCCAGAAUUACACGACAAUCAAGUUACAAAAGUCUGUCUGAUGCUACCUCUGCGUCUGCCCGAGGACCCCAUCCGUGGAAGCCCAGUCUUCUGGGAUCAGCCUCCCUCAAGGCUCAGCCUGCGGCCUCUCUGUCCGUGGUGCCCCACCAGUGCACGUGGCCUGGGGACGGCGCUCUCUGCGAGCUGGUACUGGUUUGCUGCUCGCCUCCUGAGCCACCUCGAGCCACAGCAGGAUGCAAAAACGAGUGAGUGGGAACACCGACUGCUACGCUUCAUUUGCAGCCUCUGCUGGACCUGGCAGGUCAGGGGAAGAAGCUGGUGUACUGAAAACGACAUUUUUUCUUUUGUGCUUUUUUUUUUUCCUUAAUGUCUAGCUUUUUAGUAUUGACUGCCCGAGCUGAGGAAACGGCAAACCAGAUACUCAGCUCAGAGCUGUAGGCACCCAGCCAAGGCUGAAAUUGCAGACUGCACCUUUGGCACCUCUGAGAAUUGGUCCCCACGCUUCCUCGUGCUGGGCAGGCAAUAUCUAACAAACCUGUUGUGAGCGCCACAGCCUCUGCCUCCGCACAGCCCUGGCAGGCAGCUGGGGACAAGCCCCGCUUUGCACUCUUCCUUUGCAAAUGCUUUUUAUUUUGUUUUAUUUUAUUUUAAAAGUGUUGAACUGCUUUAAGGAUGGUGCAGAGAAGGUGCCGUUCUGAGCAGUGCUGACACAACAUGCACCAAUGUUGAAAGAAUGAUUGUCAUUGUCCCUAAAUAUAUAUAUAUAUAUAUGAGAUAAAGUUUUGUUUUUAAUGAUUUGAAUUCAUAAACACAAAUUUUAAUGCUGUAUUUAAUAAAUUAUUCGAAGAGAACUGCUGUGCUCUUUCAUCCAUUUCUGAUGCUUACCCAUAUGCCUGUUCAUGCCAAAUCCAGGAAUGCACCUUGCUGAUUUUUUACAAAACGAAGCAAGCUUUUUGCUCUCACCGGGAGGAUGGUGACUUCUGCCAAGGCAGCUCUGGGAAAACAGCCUGGGCGCCGUGCUGUGCUCCCAGAUCCAGCGGGCGGAGGGGGUUUGGCUCCGCGUGGGCUCAGCUCUGGAGAGAGUCCCUACUGCCCCGCAGCAGCGUGCAGUUCCCCGGCACCAUGCCCUGAAGCCGUGGCUGGCCACCCAGGUCUUACUCAGCACUCUGCAGAGUUCAGGUCAGAAAGGAGGAGCUGGAGUGCUGGGGAGGAAGGGGAGAGGGGACUCAUCCUUCAGGAGGAUGGAGGUGGAACAGCCAAGGUCAGGCUGCUAGGGCUGGACACCGCCAGCCUGUGCCCUCUCCUGAACAGUCAUUAGGAAGAAACUUAUUCAAAAUGGAAAGGAAGGCUCCUCCCCAUACCCACGGAGUUUGGUGAUACCAUGUCUGAAGCAUGUAGGUGUUGUCUGGAUGUUGUCCCUGCCAGCAGCCUGAGGCAUGACCUGUCUCAUACACAAGGCUCCUUGUUCGGCCUCUGCUCAACCUGGGCUUCUGCCCAGCUUUUAUUAUUUAGGACUCUCCCCUUUGCCUGGUGGUCUGUGCCUGGCAUGAGAAGCGUUCUUGAUGGGCAGGGCAUCGAGCUUGGCUGCCAAGCUUGCUCACCUGACUUAUAUUUGCUAGCAGCUGGCUGGUCCUUCAGCACCUCUUGCUUUCCGUGGUGGCCCCUUUGCAAAGCAAGGAGCAGGCGGCACGCUGCCCUGGGGAGGGGUGCCUGCGGGUUUGGAGGGCACAGGAUGGAGUUGGGCAAGGCCCUGGGGGCUGCUGCUGCUUUUGGGUGCUAGGGCUGGGCACGCGCAGCUCCUGCAGGGAGAAGCCUCCCUGAGUCCUGUGAGCCGGCUCUGGCCAGGCUGCAGGAGGGUGGCACCCUAGGGUGGCACCCUGACUUUGUGAGAGCCGUGCUCUUGUGCAAAUGCACAGAAAUUACUGGCAAAGCGCUGUGGUUUCCAACAUUCCCGUCCCAGCCCUGCGGCAGGGGUUGAAGCUUGAUGCAAAGAGCCUUGUUCGUGUUUCAUGGACAAUGGUCCAGGACUGCAGGAGGUAGUGUCCUCCUCUUCCUAAAGCUACCCGCAGUUGUGACCGAGUGCUGUGGCAGCAGGGUCCUCAGGGUCUGUGAGUACUUUGAGCAGUACUUUUUGGGGCAGAAAAGCAAUCGCUGGGUGCAUGUGCCCCUCUGGAAGGGGUGAGAGCUCCGUCCCUCCUGUCCUCUGCCUCGCUGCUGCCUCUUCUCUGCAGCCUCUCUGGUUUCAACCUCUUCAAGUCGCAGGGAGCUCCUGGAGGCCCCUCAUUCCUGACUCCUCUUUCUUUCUGAAGAGGAGUUGGGAAUUUCUUUUUUCUACAAUAAAGACCAGAAAAGCCUGGCUUCUGAACCCAGCUCUGGGUAGAAAACGUUAGUACGUAGGAAUUCAUUUAAAUUCCUGGUUCAAUUUUUUUAAGCAAUUGUUUGUUCGUUUUGUUUGAAAUGGGGAGGGGAAGUGGUGGGGUGUGAGCAAAGCUUGUGAGAUAAUUGUUUCCAAACUCAGCAUUCAAUGGAAAAUACCAAAAAUAUCUUCGCUCCUUCCUAAUGCUGCCGCUUUUUUGUCCUGCAUGUCUUUGUCCUCGUCCCGCUCUCCACAUGUGCAGCCUCCAUAGUUUUGGCUUUCUCAGCGCUGUUUGUGUCCCACCGAGCUCUGCUUUGGCACCUGCUGCUUCCCCGCCUGUGUGCGAUGGGGCCGGGGGGAGGCCGCUGCCUCUGCCCCGCUCUCAUCCGUCUUCAUCAAGCUGUCCGCUGGCUCCGGGCGCGCUUCCCCCACCACGCUGCUGCUCUGCUGCCUCCCUUUGUCUGCAGCCUCUCGGCCGGCUCCUGUCCUGCCGGGGCUGUGUUUCAGGGGACGCAUCAGGGAGCCGGGCGCUGAGCUGAGCUAACGGGGCGUGCAGCGGCGGGAGGGCCGCAAGGGCUUUGCCUCGACGCCUCCUCCAGUUCUUUUCGGUGGACGUUGGGUUCUUUUUCAGCUUUCCACUGAACUUUCGGUAGUUUUGUAGAAAUAUUUUCUGCUAGCGCCUGGGGAAGGAAGUUUUCUAAGACACAAGAUGAAGGGUGCUCUGGGGGCUGUUUGGUUUUUAUUUCUGUAUUUUAAUUUAUUUCCAACUGCCUGCAACAGGACCACGUCCCAUCCCUCCUCCCCGGGAGGGACUGGUGGGGUCGAACGCCCAACACGUGCGCCCUUCCUCGUACCGCCACUCGUGGCUGUAAUUCCUGUCGGGGGUUCUCCUUACAGACCUCGGGGUUUUAUAUGGCAACGUUUCUGACGGCUCUGUACAACCGAAUACUUCUGUGCGAUUUAUUACGCGGUUUUAAAUACAAACGAGGAGUUUUACAUGUUUACCACGGUGUCGGGGGUGUGUUUUUGUCCGGGGGUUUUUAACCACCAAAUGUAAAGGGCAGAAAACGUAAAUAAAGUUCUCCUUUUGUAA